AUGCCUCUGACGCUUUUGACAGGAUCCUCUGGUUUUGUUGGUGCCACGGUCUUGGCCCAUUUGAUCCAACACGGACAUGCGGUUAUUGCAAUUGUUCGCUCUACAUCUUCGGCCGAUCGAAUCUUAUCAACACAUCCAGAAUGGAAAAAAGUCGUAACUUUUGAAGUGGUAUCCUAUUUUACAAAGCCAGGAGUCUUCGACUUUAUCUUUAAGAAACACAGUGAAAUCGACUUCGUGAUUCAUGUGGCAGCGCCCCUACUUGAUGACCCUCAAAACACUGACUUUGUCACGCACUUCGAAAAACCGUCUAUCAUUGGAAAUAUCGGAUUGCUAAAGUCUGCAAAAUCUUACUCGAAGGUUAAAGCGAUCGCCAUAACGGGUAGUAUCAACGCUAUUACGCUUGGUAAUGCCGAGGACGUGGGAAGCCGCGUUCUAGACAAUGAUCAGUGGCUACCCUUGGAUAGAACAGAUGCUAUUAAAGCUCAGAAUAACUACAUCUCUUAUUGUGUCGGCAAAAAGGUUGCUGAGGAGGCGGUUUGGAAGUUUGUCAAAGACGAGAAACCUCUAUUUAGUGUCACAAACUUCAUGCCACCUCUGAUAUUCGGACCACCGCUCCAGAAAGUCGAGACUAUCACCAAAUUAAAUUUCAGCACCAUGCAAAUUUACUCUAUCAUGAAUAGCGCCCAGAGCGGCUCUGGAACAGUACCUGCAACAGCAUUCCCAGGAUUUAUUGAUGUUCGUGACCUUGCCGAGCUCCAUAUUGCAGCACUCAUAACUCCUGCUGCUGCCAAUAAACGUUUCGUUGUUGGACAUGCGAUAUCCUUCGACGAGAUAGCCGAUUAUCUCCGCAAGAUGCCAGAGUUGGAAAGAAGGAUUGGAAGAAACAGUGGAAUCGUACCUACCUUCCCAAAAUUUGAUAUCGAAGCAGCGAUACAGGCGUUUCCUGACUUGGCUCGGGGAAGGCCCAUGGAGGAUACAUUCACCGACACAGCCAAGGCGAUCCUUGCGCUUGAAAAGGCUUGA